UUUCAGGCAAGGAAAGGCAGGCAGGAGAAGCUUGGAGCCGCCGCCGCUCUCCUCUCACAAGGCGGACGGAAGAGGAAAAGAGAGAGAGAGAAAGACCCUUGUCUUCCUUCAGCUUCCCAUCCUCAGACUGUGUUUGGUGUUGUCAUCAAAUCCUAAACAUCUUGUGUUGCCAUGUUUGAAACUAGCUAAUUGGAGAGAAUUGGCCUUCGUAAUUGUUUCAAAGGUAUAAAAUAAUUUCUGUAUAAAAAAGAAUUAAGUGGAAAAUGGCAAAUGCUCAUUCUAUUAGCCACCUCCCCUACUUCUUUGGUAACAUCACUCGUGAGGAAGCUGAGGAUUAUUUGAUUCAAUGUGGAUUAAGCAAUGGACUGUAUCUACUGCGACAGAGCCGAAACUAUCUUGGAGGCUUUGCUUUGUCCCUGGUUCAUGACAGUAAAGUUUAUCAUUACACAAUUGAAAGGGAAAUUAGUGGUUCUUAUGCCAUUUCAGGAGGAAAGUCCCACAGGAGUCCUGUAGAACUCAUUAACUACCACUCAGAUGAAGUAGAUGGUCUUGUUUGCCUACUCAAAAAAUCAUGUAAUCGCCCACCAGGAGUGGAACCAAAAACCAGUCAGUUUGAAGACUUAAAAGAGAAUCUUAUCAGGGAAUAUGUCAAACGAACUUGGAACUUACAGGGGCAUGCUCUUGAGCAAGCAAUUAUUAGUCAGAAACCACAGCUAGAGAAAUUGAUUGCAACAACAGCACAUUUGAAGAUGCCCUGGUUCCAUGGGAUGAUAUCUCGUGAGGAAUCAGAGCAACGGGUCCAUCUGGGGACAAAGACUAAUGGGAAAUUUUUGAUCAGGGAAAGAGAUAACAAUGGAUCCUUUGCUCUCUGCCUCCUCAAUGAAGGAAAGGUUUUACAUUAUCGCAUUGAUAAAGACAAGAAGGGAAAGCUCUCAAUCCCAGACGGAAAGAAGUUUGAUACUCUCUGCCAGCUCGUGGAACAUUAUUCCUACAAAGCAGAUGGCCUUCUAAGAAUAAUCACUGAUCCAGUUCCAAAUCCAAAUUUCCACUUAACAAAUGGACAAUCUGAUUUUGGCAACACACCAGAACUUCCUAAACGGUCAACUAAUAAGACUUGGUCAACAGGUGGAAUUAUCAACAGAAUCAAAUCAUACACUUUCCCAAGGCCAGGAAGCCAAAAGUCAGUUUUCCCUGUUCCUGGCCGAAGUGCUGAUUCUCAAUUAUUCAACGACUACGUUCCACGAAGGAAGCGAGUUCAAUGUGCAGAUGAUCAAAGGGAAGCUUUGCCUAUGGACACAGAAGUCUAUGAAAGUCCAUAUGCUGAUCCAGAAGAAGUUAAAGCUAAAAAUGUCACUCUUGACAGAAGUCUGCUGAUUCUGGAAGAUCAGGAACUUGGUUCUGGUAAUUUUGGCACUGUAAAAAAAGGCACCUAUGAAAUGAAAAAGGGGAAAAAGGUAGUGGCUGUAAAAAUUCUCAAGAAUGAAAGUAAUGAUCCCUCUGUAAAAGAUGAACUGCUGAGAGAAGCAAAUGUUAUGCAACAACUGGAUAACCCAUAUAUUGUCCGGAUGAUUGGUAUUUGCGAAGCUGAGUCCUGGAUGUUGGUAAUGGAGAUGGCUGAACUUGGCCCGUUGAAUAAGUAUUUGAUGAAACACAAAGAUGUCACAGACAAGAACAUUAUAGAGCUUGUUCAUCAAGUUUCUAUGGGAAUGAAAUAUCUGGAAGAAAACAACUUUGUGCAUAGAGAUCUAGCUGCAAGAAAUGUGUUACUAGUUACCCAACAUUAUGCCAAAAUCAGUGAUUUUGGACUUUCUAAAGCUCUUGGCUCUAAUGAUUAUUACAAGGCAGAACGUUAUGGGAAAUGGCCAGUCAAGUGGUAUGCUCCAGAAUGCAUGAACUUCUUCAAAUUUUCAAGCAAGAGUGAUGUCUGGAGUUUUGGUGUGCUAAUGUGGGAGGCGUUUUCAUAUGGUCAAAAGCCAUACAAGGGUAUGAAAGGAGGGGAAGUUGCUCAGAUGCUUGAAAGAGGAGACAGAAUGGAAUGUCCUCCAGGUUGCCCGCCUGAGGUCUAUGAAUUAAUGAAACUGUGUUGGACAUACAAUGUUGAUGAUCGGCCAGCAUUUUCGUCAGUGGAAUUAAGGCUGCGCAACUUCUAUUAUGACAUUGCACAAUAAAUAUAUUCAGACUUGUAUGACCUUUGUGAAGGACAACACAAUAGGAGGCAGACCCAAGAAACCUGCAAAAAUACCAACAUGUUCUCCAGCAAAACCACUGUGAAAGAGCUUUGCUGUGGGACCGCUUCAUUGCUUUUCAGAAUAUUUCCACUUUUUAACUUUAGCAAACUACAGUUCCAGAAAUCUUUGGACUUUUAUAAUUUUUUUACCUAUUGAUACCAUGAUGGACUUUUCAGUUUCCUUUCUUUCAGUAUGGUACUUGUGGAUUCAAGAGAUCUUCAGUGUUGUACUUAUUGCUGUUAAGAGACAUUAAUACUGCCACUAUCAUAGCUUUUCCAAGGAGCUUACAGACUGGGGAUUGAUUUCGAGCCAGAAUGACACCUUUAUAUUGUUCUAAUUAAUAGUAUUCACCCAUAAAUAUAUUUAUGGAUCAGCUGUAAAGUAUAAACCAUGGCUCCGUUUUUGCCACUUUUACUUAGUCCUAGUUUAAGGUAAUCUGUAUAUAUAACACCAAACUUUCUUAAACAAUAAGGAGCUACUGUUACAUUAUUAUGAAAAAGAGCCAGCCAAAUGACAACAAUGCAUAUUGGGCCCCUUGCACAAAAGGAUCAUGCACAAUGGGAUUGCCAGUGCCCUUCAUACAGCUUCACAGUUCACUAACGGAGUUUCUUCUUGUCUGCUAUGUAGCUAAGUAUUCAUAAAGUUACAUAAUAUACACCAUGAUAAGGAAUCCUGGGCAAAAUCAUACCAUAUGGAGGAAUGCCACAUUUUGAAAAAUCAAAGCUUAAAGCAUUCAGGCUUGAAAUAAAUGUGUUUUAUUUUGUA